AGGGUCUCCUGUCUGAUCCUUUGUCACGGGAAGACUUUGGGGUUUUACUCUGCUGCUGCCUCUGUGCAGGGACGAGGAUUUAACCUCCACCCAACAGAAACAGCAACUAUGUCAACUAAGGUGAUGGGAGGCGCUUUUCUGGUGGAAGGUCAGCUCAAAUAGGAUGACACAAAGAUGCUCAAAGAGAUGCAUGGCCUGAUUAUUUUAAAUACAGCAAAGCACAGCUGAAUCCUGACUCUGACUGAAUCAAAGGGCAGAGGUCAGCCAGAUGAGCAGGAUGCUCCCUCAAAGGGCGGCUGUGAGCACGCUAGGUUACAGCUCAGACUGUGCGAAGAUGGAGCAGAGUGGAAUUGUCCGUGUGGGUGGGACCUUGCUCAGGAGCUCCCGCUCUAAGGCAGAGCUACAGGAAUUGAUGGAGACUCUGCAGCGCAGGAAGAGUGCCCUGGAGGCCAGUCUGAGGGCAGCUGAGAGUAGCCGCAAGUAUUUCAAUAUGCCUUCCCCCGGCGGACCCCAGUCCAAACGGCCACUCUCCAUCCUCAGUAACAUUGAACAUCAGCCCUCUUCCUCCAGAAACUUUUCUUACAUGACCAGCAGCAGCAUGCCCCCUUCCCCUCGCCAGGGUGAGCGCCAGUUUAGUCCAAAUGGCUUCCUCCGUUACCCAAACGCUCACCACCAUUCGCAAGAUAGCCUGCUCCAUCCGACAGAUGGAAGUUCUCUCAACUCCUCUUAUGGAGAACCUCUACCUCAUUCUCCUAGGGUCAAGAGCGGCACAGCUAGUGUGCCCUCAAGCCCUCGACUGGGCCGUAGACUCUACUCACAUGGUAAAGCCAUAAAUGAUUCCAGGCAGAGGAAAUACUCCACGGGUUCCCUCAACAGUCUGGGCAUGCACAGCCGCUCUCUACCACGCCUCCACAAUCCAGCAGAUCCUCCUGUUUUAUCUCUGCCGCCUCAUCUCCACAGAGCAGAGCGCUCAGCAGUGGCUCGGCGCAGUCUCUCCUCACUUGAACAACCACCAGAUGUGACAGUACCAGCCAGCAUGCCCAAUACUCCGAGGAGGGCCAGCCUGGCCUCCCUGAGCUCUCUAGGUGUUGAGAUAGAUGGACCGAGCUUAGAUGUGAGCUUUGGAGAGCGGAGGUUAUCAUUCGGAAAAGGAGGGCUGAGUCCAGGACAAAGAGUGGGCAGCAUCACUUCUUUGAAUGGCAAAGAGGAGUUGCAAGACUAUCACCAGCACCAAAGAGACGAGAGACGAAGGGAGCAGAGAGUACACAAAUUGGAGAGCCAGCGGCUGGAAACCAUCAUGAACAUGUGCACGGAGUUUGCACAGGUGAAGCCUCAAGGUUCAGCAGUUUCUGACCUGCAGAAGAUCAAUAAGGAGUUGGAGAAACUGCAGGUGUCAGACGAGUCAGUUUUCCCCGACUCUCCAGGCAGCACGGCUCCAGACAGUGGCUUUGGCACCAGAGGCCGAGAUUUGCUUCUCAGUGACAAGCACCAGGUCAGCAGUCAUCAGCAAAACAGUUACAGAGAGGUUCACUCACUGGCUCUGAGCCUUAACACCAGCGCCCCCUCACCUUCCAGCCACCACAGAGCUAAGGUUUUGGAGAGAGUGCAGCUGAAGCAGGAAGUAACACACAUUGAAGAAGAGAGGAUCCAGGUUGUGAACAACAUUGAGGAGCUGGAGCAGAAGAUUAAAGACCUGGACAACCAGAUGGAGGAGUCCGUGAGAGAGAUGGAGGUGGAGUGUGCUUUGCUGGAAGGGGAGCAAGAAUCAGAGAUGGCUCAAUUGCAAAAAGAAAAUGACCUUUUGGACCAGCUGAAGGGAAAUAUUCACAGUACUGAGAAGAUUAGCCACACUGAGAAAGCACAGGAAGCAGAGGAGCAAGCAAAAACCUUGGAAGAAUUGGAGUUUCAGAAAUUGGAGAGAGAGAUUCAUCAGGAUGAGGAGAAGGAAAAUCUGAAUCAGUUACUGAGAGAAAUUGCUGACUGUCAGCGUCUCGCUAUCACACGCAAGGAGAGACUUGCAAUGCUGAGGAAACAGUCCUCGCAGAUUACUUUACAGUCCCAGCAGGAAAGAGAAGACUUUCAGAGGGAAAAAAAUAAUCUGCUGAUCAUGCUGCAGAAGGAGAGAGACAAGCUGGCGGCUUUGGAAGGAAAAUAUGCAGAGCUGUCUGAGAAGCAGAACUUGGCUAACAGCAAUGGAGCCAUCAAAGAGCACAUACACGCCGCAAAGGAAAGAAGAAGAAAUGGCAAGGAAAACUCGGUCCAUCUGAGCGACAACGGAACUCCUAAGAGGAGCCAGCACCUCGUCACUCCAUAUGGCCGAUCUCUGGGACGCACCCUUCCACCCAAGACCCAUCUGCCUCUGUCACAAAGCUCCAGCUGUGGCAGCGUUAUCCCACAAGGCUUCAGCUUCGCUCCUCGAGACUUGAACACUAGCCGUCCGCCAAAAACAGGCAACAGCCACACACACAUGAAUGACGGCGUACACACCCGACAAAGAAAAAGUGAUUUUUGUAGCCGGAUGCUUUCUGAGCCCAACGUUUUCUUGGACUCUUUGUCCUACCCGGACACCAGCCAAGCCUCCGACACAGUCAGCGUGGACAGCUCUGACAGCAUGGAGACCAGCUUCUCAGCAUGCUCCCCAGAUAACAUCUCCAGUGCCAGUAUGACCAACAUGGCAAAGCUUGAGGAGAUGGAGCGUUUACUUCGAGAGGCCCAGGUGGAAAAGCUAAGGCUGCUUGAGCACAGGGAACGUGAGAUGGAAAUACGCCGGCAUGCUUUGGAGGAGGAGCGAAGACGGAGGGAGGAACUGGAGAAACGUCUGCAGGAGGAGACCAACAGGAGACAGAAACUUGUGGAGAGGGAGGUGAAGCUCAGGGAGAAACAAAGAUCUCAGUCCCGACUCCUGACACGCUACUUGCCUGUAAGGAAAGACGACUUUGACCUUCACUGCCACAUUGAGGCAGCGGGACACAAUCCAGACGCUUGCUUCCAUCUGGCCAUCACGGACAAAACGUGCAGAGGCUUCCUUGUAAAAAUGGGAGGGAAAAUAAAGACUUGGAAGAAGCGCUGGUUUGUGUUUGACCAGAAUCGCAGGACGCUCACUUACUACGCAGACAAACAUGAGACCAAGAUGAAAGGAGUCAUUUACUUCCAGGCAAUAGAGGAGGUGUACUAUGACCAUUUGAAGAAUGCACACAAAAGUCCCAACCCCUCGCUGACCUUUAGUGUGAAGACUCAUGAUCGGGUCUACUACAUGGUGGCCCCGUCCCCUGAGGCCAUGCGUAUCUGGAUGGAUGUUAUCGUGACGGGCGCAGAGGGACACAUGCACUUCAUGGUGUAACCUAAAAUCCUAAGAGGGCUUUUUUUGUGUCAAAAGAAAAGAUUUGCACGAUUCCACUUCAGUGUGUUUGAACGUGUAGUAUGUGAAGCAUUAUUCACUCUAUCAUGUAAUCACAUAUAAAGAUCAGAAUACGUUCUAUACCAGUCUCAUAAUUAAGCUAUUUAGUUUUUUAUUUACUACAGCUACAUUCAUCUAUGAUCCCACACUAGUGGAAAAAACAAUCAGUCACUGUGUUCCACUUUAAAUCUUUGCAUGCACAAAAUUAGUAGAAGGGCCAACGGUAGAAUGUGGACUAAUCAUUGUAAUUUGGAGCAGCACCUAAUUUUUCUGUAUAUCACUGAUUUGACAUUAAGAUUCAUUCUUGAUUUAUGGAGAAUCUGUGGUCAAAAUACCCAAUCCAAUAAUGGCAACAAAAGUGAAAACAGUUCCUGGAUCAAUACCUUUAUAUGGAUCAGCACCAGGCGGCGCGGUGGCCUACUGGUUAGAGCGUCAGCCUCACAGUUCUGAGAACCAGGGUUCACUCCGCCUGCGUGGAGUUUGCAUGUUCUCCACGUGCCUGCAUGGGUUUUCAUGCAUGAAUUGGAGACUCUAAAUUGCCCAUAGGUGUGGCUGUGAGUGCGAAUGGUUGUUUGUUUGUAUGUGCCCUGCGAUUGGCUGGCAACCAGUUCAGGGUGUACCCCGCCUCCUUCCCGAUGAUAGCUGGGAUAGGCUCCAGCACGCCCGCGACCCUAGUGAGGAGAAGCGGCUCAGAAAAUGGAUGUACCACGCAUGUUUUUGGGAUGUGGGAGGAAACCGGAGUGCCUGGAGAAAACCCACUCAGGCACGGGGAGAACAUGCAAACUCCACACAGGUGGGGCCGGGAUUUGAACCCCAGUGCCCAGAACUGUGAGGCAGAUGUGCUAACCAGUCGUCCACCGUGCCGAAUUGGUCAGUUGGAACGAGACUUGCUAACAAACAACCCAAAUGGAGAAUGAGGGUCCACUUUGUGACAAGUGGAUGAAAUUUAUUCGAGAGGCAACUUUGGCUGUGGAGAAAGCGGACCGCUGCAGCAAAGCUUUAAAAACAUUUACAAUUGAUCAGGAUCGAAAAAUACCUCUUAACAUACCCAAAGCGGCAGUAUAAUCGCUCAGUUGAGGGUUCCAGCUGACUUUCAUCUGAAAAGAGGAAAAAACAGAUUGUAGGCAUGUGUGUACUGCGCUCUGCUUGCGCAUCCUUGGAACCUAUGCAAGUGGAAAGGACAGUUGUUUUUUUGGGAGGGCAAAACAAAUGAAUGAUGGAAACAUGAAAGAAUACAUUAACCUCCUUUAUUUAAGCUGUAUGGCUGCGUUGUUGUCUGUACACUAGAUCCAUAACCAUCCUUUAUGACCAUCUUCUGUCUUACAGUUAAUAGCAAUUCGCCAGAUUUCUUCAGGCCUUAAGACUGUUUUAGCUGAUCAGAGCAUCCUGGUGAUCAUUGAUGAUCAAUAAUAUAAAAAUAAAAUCUUCGUGUUUGCAAGAAUGCACAUUGUAUAGUAUAUUUUUGAAAUAUUCAAAAUGUACUUUGUGUUACUAUUGUUAAGUGUUUCAUUACCUCCUAAACGCCAAUAUUUGUGAUUGCGGCUGCCAGUCUACCAGCACGUCAUUCUUGCAGCAGAACAUGCAGGAAUGGCGACCUCUAGCGGCGAUAGAAGCUGCUGACACGUUGUGAUGAGGUCAUGUUAUGAUUCUCUGUCUGUCAGCUCAACAUUUCAGCAUUAUUUUUCCACCAGCAGAGGCCCUCAUUGCAAGAUGUAUUACAACAACAUGACGUAAUGCUUUUCUCGGUCUGUGUGGCAGUAGUUUAAAUUUGCAAUGUCCCCAUUUAAAACAUGCUCUUGUAUAUGAGUUGUAUAUCACAUUUAUAUAUUUUUGUAUUCAAAUAUACACGUUUUCUACUUUCAAUAUGAAUGUUUUUUGUUUGAGUUAACACGUUUUUUUUAAAUAGUUGGUGUCAACAAAAAAGACGAAUAAAUACUUUUGAGAUUUG